CCUCGUACAAACGGACCAGGCCAUCCUACGCUCAACCCUCCUCCUAUGAUCCCCUCGGAUGUAUCCAUUACUCGCUGACGAGAAACAUCUGUCGACCGCUACUCCUACAGACUAACAUGCUAUGACUGCCAGAUUGGCGCGCUAAAGGCAGUCAUUCCGAGCCGACCGAACGAGAUUUCGCGAUGGGAACCUCCGAUUGUUUUGACGACCUAUGCAUGGCUCCGGGGCUGGCCAGGCCGUCUACUUUCUCCAUAGCCCUGUCCCUGGCGCCCCUUGCGAUCACAUUUAUACUUGUCUCUGCCCUGGUCUCGCAGAAGAUCUUCCCACACCUGGCCCGCGUUCAGAACUCCCGCGACGGCGAAGACCACUUCCUACCUUCCGAUGCCCCUCCGUCCCUACAGCAAGCCCAUGCCGAGCAUGGCACCAAGUCCAUACGAAGGCGAGUCGCCGCCGGCGCCUUUUCUACGACAGUUGGGUUGGCCGCUGUCCUGGCCGAGCUGAUCCUCUGUGAGAUAUCAGAGUUGGUCGAUCCUUACGCGCGGUCGAUGGCCCUGCGGAUCACCGUUCCCACCCUCUUGUUCCUCCUCAUCGUGCUCAUCCCAUUUCUCGAACUCCAAUCUCUGCUCUCCGGGUCGGGAUGGUCGUUCCAGCGUACAUCGAAGGGGCGCAUACCUAGGGCCGCUUGGGUACUUCAAUUCGGCAUUUUCGGGAUUUGGUUGUUCGCAUUCUGGUCGCUUGGGAAUCUUGUCCCCGUCGGUAGCGAGGUGAUGCGCACCAGCGCCACGAUCAAGAAGCACAUUCAAAUCGAAUCAGAGCUCUCCGCCAGCCUAGCCCGCGCCUGUCUCGAGCGAAUCGGUGUCAUUGGCAUCUCGCUUAUGGCACUGCUGUCUGGGUUCGCCUCGGUCUCUUCACCGUGGCACACAUUUGGUAGCCGCGCAUCGCGGCGCCCCGUCACCGAAGCCGACGUCGCCCGCAAGCAAGCGGGCCUAGAUGCGACAAACGAGAUGCUGCUCACUAAGCGACACCGUUUACAGAGUCUGCAGCGCAAGGUGGCUGAGACCUCAUCAGAAAAGCACGGUUUUGUGACUAAGGUCAUCGGCUCCAUCCGCAGUGGGGGCGACGCGUCGGAGAUACGCACUUUGCGUCUCGAGAUUGCCGGCCUGGAGGCGAUGGAGGCAAACCUUUCGUCGUCCCUAUCUAUGCUCCGUUCCCGACAAGCUAUUUCGGCCCGGACCGCAACGCUUUCCGGAAAGCUUCUACUAAUACCCCCAUACGCGUUCAGCGUGUACUGUGUGUAUCGCAUCGUUGCCACGACCCUAACUACGCUGCGACGCCUAUACUACCCGGCAGCCUCGUUUUCGUCUUCGGAUCCGAUCAAUCGGUUCCUCGGCCUGCUGGCUAAGCAUUGGGACCCGAAGCUCGACCAGAUCGCCUGGGCGAGACAGAUCUCGUUCUUAUUGUCCGGCGUCAUACUCGCCGCGAGCGCGAACAGCGCCUUACAAACAUUCCACCUCUUCGCCAAGUGGACUCCGGGGCUCCUCUACCAGGCCCAGGCCAACUUAGCCCUCCUGAUUGGGCAGAUCAGCGCUAUCUACGUAAUUUCCGCUGCGUUGCUCUUGCGAAGCAACCUUCCCAAGGAGGUAGGUAGCGCUGUAGCCGACGCGCUCGAGAGCGCCCUAGAGCCGGGUUUCGUAGACCGAUGGUUUGAGGGCUGGUUCCUAUUAGCAAGCAUCGUGACGGCGGGAGGUAUCUGGGUAGGCACUAAGAUCGGCGAGCUGAGCGAGGAAUGGGACGAUAUCGGCGCCGAAGAGAUGGGCCAGAAGCGAUCGUGAGGAGACGCGAGGCCUAACCAAAUCAAAUCGAAGAAGACCUAAAUAAUGCGAGGUUUGAGGACCUUCUCUAUUCCCGGGUGGCGAGAUUGUUUCGCAUACCGUAUACCAAUGCCCUCCGAGCUGGCGUAAGACUAUAUGAUACCCAUUCAAUCCGUCUUCGGGGCGUUCCGUCGCGUUCUGUGUCUAAUUUCUAACAUCAUCGGCAGUCCGGCGCGGCUAGCCUGGUGGUCUUGGGCGCAGUGAAUGGGGGGAUGGGCCACGAUGGGCAUAAUGCAGUAUGAAAUAUAAUGAUAAUCAUGUACAGACUAGUCUUAUUCAACACUCGAGCUCCCCAACCUUGCAACCCUUUUAUAACC